AUGUCUGAGAUUAAGCUUCAUUCAAAUAUAGAACAUUUUAAACUUCAGCAUAGGACAACUGAAUGUCUGCCAUCCUCCCCAAAUGUAGAUUAUCGAAUAAAUAUCAGUGGAAAAUCAGAGAGUCCAAAUCCACAGAGUAACAGAAACCAUACUAUUUUGCGAAGAAGUAUUUCAUUGGGAGGGACUUCUCCAAGUGUUUCCUGUUUAUCCAGCCUUAAACACAAUUGUUCUAAGGGGGGACCAGCUCAAUUACUCAUAAAGUUUGCACCUGGAAAUGAGGGUAAAAUCAAUAAUUUCUCAGGAGAGAGGAACAGAGAUUGCACAAGUGAACUCUCUAAUUCUUUGAAGCAUUCUUGUAAGACAAGAGAUGAUUUCCUAGGUCAAGUGGAUGUUCCUCUUUACCCAUUACCGACAGAAAAUCCAAGAAUGGAGAGACCGUAUACAUUUAAGGAUUUUGUUCUUCAUCCAAGAAGUCACAAAUCAAGAGUUAAAGGUUAUCUGAGAUUAAAAAUGACCUAUUUACCUAAAACCAGUGGCUCAGAAGACGGUAACGCAGAACAGGCUGAGGAAUUAGAGCCUGACUGGGUUGUUUUGGACCAACCAGAUGCUGCUUGCCAUUUGCAGCAGCGGCAGCAAGAACCCUCCCCUCUACCUCCAGGAUGGGAAGAGAGGCAGGAUGUUCUUGGAAGAAUCUACUAUGUAAAUCAUGAAUCUAGAAGAACACAGUGGAAACGACCAACUGCUCAAAACAUCUUAACAGAUGCUGAGAAUGGUGACAUUCAGCUGCAAGCUCAGCGUGCCUUUACAACUAGACGACAGAUAUCUGAGGAAACAGAAAGUUUUGACAACCGAGAGCCUUCUGGGGUAGAUAGUUGGGAAGUUUUAAGAGAAGACGAAGUCACUGUGCGUAGAAAUCAGACCUUCCACUCACCUCCACCAUCAAGUAACUUGGAUCAGACUCAUCUUGCAGAAGGCUUGAAUGACAGACUCACUAUCUGUAGAAAUUCAGCCACCAGCCAGCCAGUAUCCAGUUCGAUUCUCAGCAGAAGAGGCAGCUUACAAACCUAUAUCGUUGAGGAACAGCCUACACUUCCAGUGCUAUUGCCUACUUCAUCUGGAUUGCCACCAGGUUGGGAAGAAAAACAAGAUGAAAGAGGAAGAUCAUACUAUGUAGAUCAUAAUUCUAGAACUACCACCUGGACUAAACCUUCUCUGCAGGUCACAGUGGCGAGCAGGCAGUUCUCACCAGGACAGAGUUCUUCUGCGGGCCUGCACCCACCAGCCUCCUCACGAGAUGCCACCCAGCUGGGGACCCAAGUUUCUGAGGCUGAACAUGGCUUUCUCCCCAGAGGUUGGGAAGUCCAGCAUGCUGCAAAUGGAAGGCCUUUCUUUAUUGAUCACAAUACCAAGACCACUACCUGGGAAGAUCCAAGACUGAAAAUUCCAGCUCAACUGAGAGGAAGGACACCACUUGAUUCUUCAGAGGACUUGGGGCCCUUACCGCCAGGAUGGGAAGAAAGAACUCAUACAGAUGGAAGAAUCUUCUACAUAAAUCAUAACAUAAAAAGGACACAGUGGGAAGAUCCUCGGUUGGAGAAUGUUGCAAUAACUGGACCAGCAGUGCCCUACUCCAGGGAUUACAAAAGAAAGUCUUUUCAAGUGAGUGAGUCAAGUCUGGCUGUGGGCGUGGCCAGGCAGAGAGAGCUGAGCCUUCUGGCCUGCGAAGCUCCGCCCUGCUGUGCCUUUGAUGAUUCUGAGGACUUCAAGCGAAAACUUUGCUGUGCCUAUCUGUCUUUCCUGAAUACAUGA